AUGAUUAGUAAAAUUCGGAUAGUAGUCAACAAUGAAAAUAAUGAUGACAAUGUUGAUCAAGGAAUAGAAAUUGACGCUUUCACCACCACUAUUGUUACUGCUAUUUCAAAAGAUAAUAAAGAUAAACAUUACCCAUCACGUCUCGAUUCACCUUUUGUCUUGUCUUCUAAUCAACAACACAAUAAUCAUCAACAAAAUAAUCAUCAUCAACCAAAUAAUCAACAGAAAAAUAAUCAACUUUUACUUGAUAAUACUGAUUUAUGGACUCAAUUUUAUCGAGCUAACAAUGAAAUGAUAAUUACAAAAUCGGGCCGAUGCAUAUUUCCUUUAUUAAGAUUCAAACCCGAAAAUCUUGAUUCAUCUUCUCGAUACACUUUUAUUCUUGAUUUUAUUUUAGUUUCUCCGAAUAGAUUUCGUUUUAAAAAGGGAGCAUAUUGGACUCGAUUCGGCGUAUUCUUUCCUAAAAUCAAACUCACCAAUCGACCACGUCAUAAUCUCGCAGUUCUAAAAAUGAUUAAACAUUCAACCACAACUUUUGAAAAUGAUGAAGAAUCUUUCUUCACUUUUAAAGAAACCACUUUCAUUGCUGUGACUCAUUAUCAAAAUGAAACCGUGAAUACUCUCAAGAAAAAUAAUAAUCCUCAUGCUAAAGAUAAAAAUUAUAGCAGGAAUGGUAGUAAUAUUAUUGACGGUGUUGAUGACGAUGAUGAAUUAUUAUUAACUUGUUCCUCUUCUUCUUCGGAUGAAUCCAAUAGUGAAAACUUUUUUCAAGAUGAAUUGAAUUCUAAUGAAAGUUCUGAAAGUACAAUUCAAGAAGAAUUUUCUAAUCUUUCAUUCAAUUACUUUACUAAUCGUUCUUCUUCCGAGAAUCCCAAUAAUAAUAAUUCUUCUUCUAAUAAUUCUUCUAAUCGUCCUUCUUCAAACAAUUCUGAUAUCAAUAACAUCAACAACAAUAAUCUCAUUAACAAUAAUAUUAACAAUACAUGGUGGAAACGGUCUUUUGGAGAUUCUUCAACAAAAUCAAAAAAACGGAUAUUACCAACCGAUGAAUUUCACUUGCGACAAACUACUAUUAAUCAAUUUGGUGAAAUUCUUCCUAAUCCUAAUAUGUCCACCUCUAUUCCUGCUUCUAUUUCUAUUGUCACCCCUAUUAAUAGAAAUACUAUUAUAACUCCUUGUGAUGAUUCUCGUUCUCAUGAAAAUAGAAAAUUGAGAGAAUUCAUUAGAGAAAGAUAUGGUUUAGAAGCUGAAAAAGAAGCUGAUGUCUAUUUUAAUUUUAAACAAUCUAAACAUGGUAAAGAACAAUAA